GAGAAGCUGAGAGCUGCAUCCAAGUGUGAAAGUCCCAUAUGCGGUACGUCUCAUCCUGACUGACCUGCUCUCGAGACAUGGCAGUUUUAUCUGGGAAUAACAGAUGAAAUGGAAUAUUUUAAAAAAUCAUCCCAAUUUCGCUGCCAUGAGGGACUUUGAUCAGAAGAGCAGAUGGCGGACAAGAUUUCUGAUGAUCACACGAUGGAGGAGAGUGAUGUGGAGGAAGUUCAAUCACAGACCAACAACAAACCCAAAUUGGCAAAUGGUCAGUGUGUCCUGGCAAUUCCAAGCUUUUCGCUAAUAAACCCGAGCUUUGAUCUCUCACUGUGCAGCGCCGCAUUGGAAAGGAACGGCUUCCAGAUUCCAAUCACAGACAUUGAGGCUCCACUGAAAUCAGCCCUGGAAGUUCCUUCAGUCAGAAGAUACAUGACUUUCAACUCGUCCCUCUUCCAUUUCAUAAUGGCGCCGUUUCUGUACGUAGUGUUGUGGUGUGCCGUUUUCUCCACCCUGCGCCUCUAUAUGACCGUCAGUGACUACUGGAUCCUGUGCCUGUGUGUCAGUCUGAUCUCUAUCUUCCUCACCACUGCCAUCAUCUUCGUUCUCAACCGAAAUAAAAAAGAGCUCAACAUGAACUUGGAUGUGCGGCUGAUCCAGGUGAAUGAGACGAUGGUCAAACACAAGCUGCUGGUGGCCGUGGCUGACUGGGUGUACAACUGCAAAGGAAGCAUGCAGCUGUACUUCGUGUAUUGGGACAUGGCUCGUUGUUUGCGAACGCUGACUGAAACUCUAGAGGAGCACAGUUUAGGGGGCAUUGACACCUGGAGCAAUCUUAAGAAGAAGAUGUCCCAUCUGGUCCUGGUGACCGAGGUCCCGAGCGGGGACCCCGAAGAAGCUCCCUCGGAUGUGGAGCAAGUUUCAGAGGAGCAGAGGCCUCUACUGAGAAAGGAAGACAGAGGCUGCACUUCCUCUUCUUCUUCAUCUAAAGUCACAACCAACUACAGUCUCAUUCCUGAUGUAUCGCUACCUGCUCAGGCUCGAGCCCACCAGCUGCUGAUGACCUACAGCGCCGCCUACGUGAAGCUGCUGGUGUCUGAUAGGCUAUCUGGACCCUCACACCAUCACCUACAACCUCCGAGGAACCACUGCCCCACCGCGCCAUUCUGCCUUUGCCAGUUCAUCAAACUCAAGAUACUCGAAUAGCACAACAGACUGGAUGGGGAAAAAGUGGAACUAAAUGGACAAUUUGAAAUUAUACUGGAUCCCUUCUGCUACGAUUGGCUGGUGUCCAGUCCACACAAUUUCACCAAGCAAGUUUUCUUUGGUAGAGGUUUUUUUUUUUUUUUUUGCUUUGCGUCGCGAUCCUAAAUAUGCGAUACGAACGAGCUUCACGUAUACCGCUGCGCGAGGGAAGUGAAAAAUAAAAAUGGAGUCACAGUCGCUGAAGUGCUUUUGCCAAUACAGCAUAACCAUGCGCAGAUUCCCGGCCAUGCAGUGAGCCCCACCUAAAAGACAGUUGUCACUCUUUGAAGAAGAGCAGAGAAGGGUGUGCAGCAUGAGGCCAAGUUAAACAGUUUCACGAGACGCUGGUUCUCCUUGGGAGGCUAAACGGCCAUCUGUGAUCCUGGGCACACGAUGCUGGCUCAGCUUCCAUCUUUGGUUCUGAGUUCCCAGGCCAUAUCUUUCCCCGGACAUUUCAUUACCUCAGUCCGCAUGUAUUAUUCCACCAUGGGAUGGCUUUUGUUUCUUCCAUUGGCCAACGUUUCAGUUGACAUUCACGUUGUCACUGGCUGGUUUAAUAUAAAUUGUUAUAUACAGCACAUGCCAGAAAUGACCCUUUGGAGUAGUUCACAUUUAGUUCAUGUUUAAAGUAGCAAAUGCAGCCUGACAAGUAAAUGUUAUCCAUGUUUUGUUGUUGUGUGGUUUUUAAAAGUUUAAUGGGAAAGAAAUGGGCCAUUAUGACCUUCUCUGCUGACCUAAAACACUUAUCAGAAAGACUGGCCUACAUUUACAACCUAAAUUCAAAUAUUUCUUCCAUGAAACUGUAUUAAUUUAUUCCCAAUCGUCCAUUCAAAACUCAUGGCUAGGAACAGGUGCAAUGUUUUACAAUUACAAUUCAGAGAAAGCAAUAUUAUAAUACGUACUUUCAAAGGACUUGUAUUUUGGGAGUCGCUUUAACCAUCACUGUUAAUAGCACAUAAGAAAGUAAGUCGUGUAGCAAUCUUAUAGACAAUAAUGUUCCAACAGUCUCCCAUUAUCGUGCAUGUAUAAUGUUUCAUACGUAAAACAUCUGCGCCUAUUCUCAAACAAGCACAUACCAAGAAGAUCCCGUGCUCCAAUUCUUAGUUUUCGACGCGGCCUUCCAUUUCUUUGUUGAAGUCGCUGGCAGAGCACACCGUGUAUCACCGGUAUGAUGUCACUCCGAGUAUUGACAAAUAGUACGUGCAUUAUCUGUUCCUACGUCAGCGUCCUUGGGUCCAUGGUCAAUUGUAGUUAUUCACUUGCAUUCCUGCAUAGAAACACGAUUUUCUUGGUUAAAUUUCCCCUAAUUCAUUUUUGACUUCUCUUAGAAAUUUUCGUAUCAAAAUGUUUACUGAUGUGUCUAAUUACUCAUUCCUGUUCCCAAUGUUAGGCCGCGGAGAGCUCAGUGAAAUGGAAAGAGUCCGCAUUAAAGCACUUCGCGAUGCUGGAUGGUCUCGUCUCGUCUUCGUGACAGAUGGUUGAAUGAAUUUGUUGAGCAAUGUAUAUUUAUAGAUUCUUUGUGAAUAUUUGUACAUGUAUAUACCGAUGUAUUGACUUUAGUUAUUCUAUAAGUCUUAUUCUAUAUGUGUGCCAGGAGGCAUAUUGUUCACACAAAAAAUACAGUAUGCUGGAUAUCAUUCAAAAUCAUGUUUGCCAAACUGUUGAUGGUUAACUGUGAUUGAAUACCCACAUUUUUGGCAUGCUAUUUUUGUCUAUUUACUGUAUUUUGAUUCAUCAUCUGGGAACAAUUCAGGUUUAUUUUUUCCCGGCAAUCCAUCCAUAAUCCAUUUUCCGCUAUCUGCUUUUGCAUCCAAAGUGCACUGACUCAAGACUGUCUCAAGACUGACCUCAUCUCUCAAUGGCACAGCAUUGUCUUAACAUGACAUAAAGAUAGAAACACAUGUUUCUUUAAUCCCAAGAAUGAAGUGAAUAUGUACAAGACAGGGAGACACACUGUCAUAGCGUAUGAGAGCAAGAGGGAAAAAGACCCAGGCGCAGGAAAACGGGUCAGCUAUAAAUAGCUUUUUAGUGAGAGGUUGGAGAGACACACACACAGAGGUGGGAAAAAAGAAAAUCACACACCCACACCCAAAGAAAAAGAUACGUUUUCAAUCACAGAUCGUAAUUCAUACAUUUUAUUCAUGACUCAAAACAGCUCAACUCCCUUGCACCACAUCCAUAAAUAAAUAAUCACAAUUAAACAGAAAGCUGGUACACUUCGUAUUUACUUGUCAGCCGCCAACCUCGAAAAAAACAAUUACUGCUAUGACAAGGUUAGAGGAAAUUAAAUAUGGACUAAUCACGCAAUAAAUAAAAAUAACAUUUGCAUAAGAAAGCAAAGCACUGAAGAAGCUGCAGCUUAGCGCUAUCUAAACUAGAUAUGCUAGAAGUGAAUGUUGAGUAGAAACAGCGCAAAUACGCACUUAACAGCAACGCGGCUCUGCAAUCCAUGCU